CAGGGACUAUAACAAAUGUAGUAAUCACAGCCAUGAAUUAAAGUUAGUCACCAAAACAGUAAUCAAUAAGCUGAAACAUGUGGAUCCCUCUUUGGCCCUCUGGCCCAGGGGCUAUUAUCUACAGAACUUUAGCACGUCAGAUUUGUCAACAACAAAGUGUUCCAGAACAGAACCCCCAGUCAGGGUGAAGGUGACAGCAUCUCGUUUUGUGUCUGUAGUUUGUUUCUCAGGAGGACCACCCUGGAUAAACUUCACAUACUGUAGAUAGUGAACCUGGGACUGCCCAGAUAUAAUGCAGAGAUAAUAAAGAAACAGUCAGACUGACACCUGAUCUUUAACUGGAGGGACACAUGUUGCAAGGAUAAAAACAGCCGUCUUGUUCUUAGAUGUCUGAGGCAUUGACCUGCUCACUGUCUUAGUCUACCUGGUUUCUCCACUGAGGCUUCUCAAGCCAGCAUGAGUGUCCAGAGUACUUUCUGAGGUCAUGGACUCCUCUACGUCUGGAGUAUGCCUGAGGUCCUGGACGCCUCUAAGUCUAGAGUACUUUCUGAGGUCAUGGACUCCUCUACGUCUGGAGUAUGCCUGAGGUCCUGGACGCCUCUAAGUCUAGAGUACUUUCUGAGGUCAUGGACUCCUCUACGUCUGGAGUAUGCCUGAGGUCCUGGACGCCUCUAAGUCUAGAGUACUUUCUGAGGUCAUGGACUCCUCUACGUCUGGAGUAUGCCUGAGGUCCUGGAGAGAGAGGUCUGCAGAGAGAGGUCUGGCUAGUAACAUCUGCUUGAAUACAGCAGGAUGCCUCUAGCAAGCCCAGAGUAACCAGUCCUCCUUUCAUUUGGUUUAAACAACACGGAGUGAGGGAUGUGCACAAGAGACUGAGCUUAUAAAAGUAAUUACUGUAAAGGGUUUUAUCUCACUGCUGUGCCAAAAGUGACGAAGCCGAAAUCAGCUUCAACCUCCUCCUACAGGUGGCAGAAAUUAUGCCCAGACCAGAGCUUGUUUUCCCAAAAGAAUCGUUGCACUACAAUCAUCUUUCGUUCAUUUCAUUUCAAUGGAAUUAAGAUUAUUUUAGUACUAUGAUGCUUUUGGGAAAUCCAGCCGAGGACAGGAGGAUGUUAGCCUGAGAUCAGAAAUUGCAACAGAUUACGCCAAUUCUGUUGCAAAACACAAACGGAACAAAGUCGAGAGGGAUCUAUCUGAAUUUGUCCCAAAUACACCCGUGAUUCCAUACCAAACGUUGACUAAAGUUAUGGAACUUUGUUCUCCAAGCGUGACGAGAAAGGCAAGUCAGAUUUACACAAAAUUCCUGAUUAAUUUAACGCUAACACGCUUGAACUAUAUAUGGAAAUGAUGCACAAGUGAGUCGACGUUUCGUUGUUUCCAAGGGGAACUGUUUUUUUUUUUUCAGUCGGACCACAGUUUCCGGUCCGUCAGUGAAAAUAGUCCGACUGUAAUCGUUUCAGGGUUCAGUGUAAAGCUGAAGAAGUAUAUAUACAGAAAACAAUGGCUACUUAGAGAGCGUGGCUCUAUGGUGCUCAAAGUACAUGAACGUACUUACCCAGGACCUGCACAUUCCACUGGUUUAUGAAAACACGAUCGCCUUAUCAAUUUAUAACCAUGAACCUCAGAAUAGUACUUAUUUUGUGCCUCUACGCUCUGUCUUGCAUCGCAGACGAUGAAGGAAUGGUGAAAAUUCCAGGAGGAAAGAUGACGAUGGGGACGGACUCAGCCGACGGCAGGGACGGAGAAUCACCCACGAAAGAAGUGACAGUCGAUCCAUUCAGUAUCGAUAAAUAUCCCGUCACUAAUUCUGACUUCAGGGAGUUUGUCAGGGCACAGAAAUACAAGACUGAAGCGGAGACCUUCGGCUGGAGUUUUGUGUUCCAGGACUUUGUGUCUGAAGAGCUGAAGAGCAAAGUCACAGAGAAAAUAGAGUCAGCACCUUGGUGGAUGCCAGUCGAGCGGGUGUUUUGGAGGCAGCCUGCAGGUCCUGGUUCUGGGAUCCGGGAGCGUCUGGACUCCCCAGUGGUCCAGGUGAGCUGGAACGAUGCCCAGGCCUUCUGCAGCUGGAGGGGGAGGAGGCUGCCCAGCGAGGAGGAGUGGGAGUGGGCUGCACGUGGGGGUCUGCAGGGUAGAACGUAUCCCUGGGGAAACAAAUUCCAGGCCAACCGCUCCAACCUGUGGCAGGGCCUUUUCCCUGAUGGAGACACAGCAGAGGACGGUUACCAUGGUAUCGCCCCUGUCACUGCUUUCCCUCCUCAGAACAGUUUUGGACUAUAUGACAUGAUAGGAAAUGCAUGGGAGUGGACAUCUACACCCUUCCCUGGAGGACGACCAAUGUUCGUGCUGCGUGGUGGUUCCUGGAUCGACACGGAAGAUGGAUCAGCCAAUCACAAGGCUCGAAUCACGACCAGGAUGGGGAACACUCCGGACUCGGCUUCUGAUAACCUGGGCUUCAGGUGUGCUGCCAGGAAGGACAAAACGGAGCUGUAGGGACCAAUAAACGAAGACGAUAAAAAUUAUGCCACAAGGGAGAGCAAGAUAGCAACCAGUUAUAGGUACUAUGCAGUGACCAUAGCAUUUAGUAAAGUCAAGACUCAGACAGUGGUGAUGAUGUUGAUAAUGUGCAGGAACAUUUUUCUCCUGUGGAGACCUGGGCUCAAAUCAAUCUGCUUAACCUAUGUGUCUUUUUCUACAAACUACUGUAAUACAAGCAAUAAACAAGAUUUUACAUCAA